AGGCGGGCCAGGUGGUGUGACCCGGAAGAGGUUACGCGGAAGUGAAGGAAGGAGCCGGCCAUGGAUCCGUACCCUCGCUCCUCCAUCGAAGAUGACUUCAACUACGGCACCAGCGUGGCGUCGGCCAGCGUGGACAUCCGCAUGGGAUUUCUGCGCAAGGUUUACAGCAUCUUAUCUGUACAAAUUAUUCUGACCACCGCAGUGUCUGCUGUUUUCCUGCAUAACAGCACUGUCAAAGAAUUUGUUCAUGGCAGUCCUGCCUUGGUGUUGGUAACGACUUUAGGAUCUCUGGGUCUCAUAAUUGCUCUGGCAAUCUACAGACAUCAGCAUCCUCUUAAUUUGUAUCUUCUGUUUGGGUUUACUCUUCUUGAGGCUUCUACAGUAGCUACCAUUGUUACUUUCUACGACUAUUCGGUAGUUCUGCAAGCAUUUGCUCUAACGACUGCUGUAUUCACUGUGUUGACUAUCUACACGUUUCAGUCAAAGAGAGAUUUCAGUAAAUAUGGAGCAGGCCUCUUUGCAUGUCUCUGGAUUUUGAUCCUGGCUGGAUUUUUGAGACUGUUCUUCACGAACAACACAAUCGAACUUGUAUUUGCAUCUGCGGGAGCUCUGCUUUUCUGUGGUUUUAUCAUCUAUGAUACACAUGUACUGAUGCACAAGCUUUCACCUGAAGAAUACGUACUGGCUUCAAUAAACUUGUACUUGGAUGUCAUUAAUCUCUUCUUGUAUAUUCUCCGGAUCUUGCAAACACUUAACAAAAAGUAACGACCAAAUGAUAAUUAUAUAAUAUAAGCUAACUGUGUAUCUAACUAUAACAUUUAUGAAACAAUGCACUUUGUGUAUGGACCUUAUGAUUAAUUUUAUUGGGUAAUUUUGUUCUUAAUUGAUUGUAUUUAGUGGCUGAUGUAGAUAAUUUUGAGUAUAAUCAAUUUGUGCAUUUUUUUGUUGAGGGCAAUCAGGGGCACUUUUGGAGAAUAGCUUUCAUGAAAAAUUAUUAUAAAUCGCAAAUCCAGUUUUAAAUCCAGCAGUGUCUGAUUGACUUUGCUUGUUUGAAUUUAGUUUCUUAAAAAAAAUAUAUUAUUUUGGAUUGAAAAGAUUUAUUUAAACUGGGAAAAAGUAGAUUUGGCAUGGAUUCAAUUGAAGAUUGUUCUUGAAUUUUUUUUUUAAUGAAAUAGAUAUUUGCUUGUUAUUUGAAUGUGUGUGGAUUGAAAUCUUAUUCUGUAAAAUCUCCUUUUGUUCAUUUGGAUGUAUCACCCUUGAAAUAAAAUUUGAGCAACGUG